AUGGGGUAUGCUAUUUUUGUCUUUGGGCCAGCUGGAUCAGGGAAAUCAACCUUUUGUAGGAACAUCCAGGAGCAUGGGGAAAGCAUAGGCAGAAGCUACAGGGUGAUAAACCUGGACCCUGCACAAAUCUCCACCAGUGAUAACUAUGCCUUAGACCUUAGAGACUUCAUUACGGUUGGUGAUGUCAUGGAAGAAUACGGCUAUGGACCGAAUGGAGGGCUGUUGGUUGCAUUGGAAGAGCUUUAUGAAAACAUCAGUGAAUUGGAAUUGGAAGACCUUGAGGGUUCCUUCCUCAUCUUUGAUUGCCCUGGGCAGAUAGAGCUAUUUGUACAUUCAGAGAUAAUGCCCAAAAUCAUUGAUUAUGUAAGCCGCUACUUUAGAUGUGGGAUUGUCUAUGUGAUGGAAUCUCAGUAUCUGGUCGACAUCAACAAGUAUAUAAAUGGAUGCUUUUGUGCACUUAUUUCAAUGGCAAGGAUGAAUGUUCCCUGCAUCAACGUGAUUUCAAAAAUGGACUUGAUCAAGAACGAGGAUCUGGAUAUGUUUUAUACGCCAAACGAAGACCUCUCGGCAUUGAUUGGAACAGGGAGGUAUUCAGGAUUGUGCAAAAGAAUGUUAAGCUUUGUCGCAGAGAAUAACAUGUUGAACUUCUAUCCAUUGGAUUGGAACAAAGAAGAAUAUAUUGAAGAACUAAUCUACUGCAUAGACAAUGCUGUGCAAUAUUAUGAAGAUGCUGAGCCUAAAACAAAGGAUUUCGAUUAA